AUUUAUAGCCCCAAAAUGAUUCCGAAAAUUCUCACGAGUUAAACAAUGCAACCCACUCUUAGCGAAAAUUUUUUUUUAUCUACUACUAUAUUAUACCGAGAAAGCAACCAUACUAAUUUACGGAUUACUGCCUGCUUAUUUCCCCGUACAUAUAAUUACAGUCGUUUGGAACUAUAAAUUUAAGGCUAAUUUAAAUUUACUUAAUUUUAAUUUUAGUAGUAAUUCGGGUCAAUAAUUUCAAUUCAAUUCAAUUUCACUAUAUACAUAAUAAUUAAUCCGUACAAUUAAGUAAACUUAAGUUUUAACUGCGGUACUCCAUAUAUAAAUGAAUUUGUUUGAAUAAACUUUCAGUGUAGUAUAUUUUUCAAAUCAUUCUAGCAUACAAAUUUUCACUUCAAACUAAUACCUUUUAAACUUUGUAGAUUCAAUUCACUUCAUAACAUUUCCUAACAAAAUCAUAGCAUAAAUAACUAACUAAUUAACUAAUUAAAUCAUGCCUCGUCGAAAUUCAAAUGCUCCAUCAAUUCCAGUUAUUGCAACUAUUGAUGUAGGUACUACAUCCACUAGAGCUAUAUUAUUUUCAGAAAAGGGAGAAGAAAUAGCUAAACAUCAAAUUGAAUAUUCUACAACAGCUUCAGAAGCUCCUGAUGAAUCUACUAAUACUGAACAAUUUAGAAGAAGAUCUUCAUUAAUGAGACAUAAUGAACCAAUCUUUACUGCUGAAGGUAUUGCUAUUUCUAUUACUGAUGAUAUUGAAAUUGAAAAUAAUAAGGCUAGUGUAGGUCCAACAUUAAGAUUUCCUCAACCUGGUUGGGUCGAAUGUAUGCCUGUUCAUAUCUUAGCCAAUUCUGUUCAAUGUUUAACUGCCUGUUUAAUUACUCUUCGAAAGAUCAAUCAAAAUCCUAAUUUAAAAGUUAAAUAUAAAGUCAAAGCUAUUGGAAUUGCUAAUAUGAGAGAAACAACCAUUGUAUGGUCUAGAAAAACCGGUAAACCUUUAAGUGGUGGUAUUACUUGGACAGAUACAAGAACUUCAGAAAUUAUUCAACAUUUAGAAAGAAUUACAGAUGAAAAAAAGAAAGAAGAAUUGAAAGCUAAAACUGGUUUACCUUUAUCUACUUACUUUUCAGCAGCAAAAUUAAGAUGGUUAUUAGAUAAUGAUGAUAUUAUUCGUGAAGAAUACGAAAAGGGAGAUGGAAAUCUUAUGUUUGGUACAGUAGACACAUGGUUAAUUUAUCAUUUAACUCGUGAAAAGAAUUUUGUUUCAGAUGUAACCAAUGCUUCCAGAACUUAUUUUAUGGAUCUUGAAACAAAAGAUUAUGAUGAUGAAUUAUUAGAAUUUUGGGAUAUAGAUCCAACUAGAAUUAAAUUACCAAAGAUUGUUUCAAGUUCAGAAUUUUAUGGUAGUUUCACAUCACCAAAUUUAUCUCAUUUAGGAUUUCACAAUAAGAUCACUCAAGAAGCUUAUGAUAUUCUUAAAACUAUUCAUGGAACUCCUAUUUGUGGUUGUUUAGGUGAUCAAUCUGCAUCAUUAGUAGGUCAAUUAGCUGUAAAACCAGGAUCUGCAAAAUGUACUUAUGGUACUGGUUGUUUCCUUCUUUAUAAUACAGGUACUAGGAAAUUAAUUUCUGAACAUGGAACAUUGACUACUUUAGGUUAUUGGUUCCCCACUUUAAAAGGUGAUGCUGGAGAACCUCAUUAUGCAUUAGAAGGUUCAAUUGCUGUGGCUGGUUCUAUUGUCCAAUGGUUGAGAGAUAAUUUAAAAUUAAUUGAAGAUGCCAAAGAUAUUGGACCCUUAGCUUCACGAGUUGGAGAUUCUGGUGGAGUAGUUUUCAUUCCAGCCUUUUCAGGUUUAUAUGCUCCAUAUUGGGAUGGUGGCUCAAGAGGUACAAUUUUUGGUAUGACUCAAUAUACAAGUUCAAGUCAUAUUGCUAGAGCUGCUUUGGAAGGAGUUUGUUUCCAAGUUCGGGCAAUUUUAAGAGCCAUGGCCGAAGAUGCUGGUGGUUCAAAAGAUUUCUUAGAAGAAGCUUUAAGUUCACAAGAUGAGAAUCAACCACUAAGCCAAUUAGCUGUAGAUGGAGGUAUGUCUAAAGCAGAUGAAGUUUUACAAAUUCAAGCUGAUAUUUUGGGGCCAUGUGUUACCGUCAAGCGUGCUGCAAUUUCAGAAUGUACUGCUUUAGGUGCAGCCAUAGCUGCUGGAUUAUCAUUCAAGAAUGAAGAAGAAAGAAUUUGGAAAGAUUUUGAUGAUGUAAUUGAAAAGAUAGAUGGUACAGGAGAUGAUUCCACUAAUAAAUUUGUUGCUAAAUUACCAGAUGUUGAGAGAAGAAGAAAUUGGAAAAGAUGGGAAAAGGCAGUUGAUAGGGCUAAGAGUUGGUUAGAAGAUUUAGAUUAAAUACAUUUUAAAAGUAAAGAUAUUUACUAAUGCAUGAUUUAUUCCAUAUGUACCUAAGUAUAUAUGUUUAUGUAGAUGAUAGACAAUUAUAAUUAAAUGAAAUUAUUCUUCAA